GGGGCCGCCAGCAUACCCGGAAGUCGAAAGGCGCGGGAGUUGCUGGGUGUCAUCUAGCGGGAGGUUGAACUCUUUUUGAGGUGGUUUUAGCUCAAGUCGCGACAGAAAGUGGACAUCUGCGCCGUGACCACGGUUGUGGAGUGACAGUGCGACAGGACACAGCACUAAGCAAGAACCUAAAGUGGUGUGGUGAGCAUUCAAAAUGCAACCAGAUAUGUCCUUGGACAACAUCAAGAUGUCAUCCAGUGACCUGCUGGAAAAGAAAGAUCUAGACAGUGGAGGCUUUGGGAAGGUGUCCUUGUGUUUCCACAAAAGUCAUGGAUUUGUCAUCCUCAAAAGGGUGUACACAGGGCCCAACCGUGCUGAGUACAAUGAGGCUCUCUUGGAGGAGGGGAAGAUGAUGCACAGACUGAGACACAGUCGAGUGGUGAAGCUGCUGGGCGUCAUCCUAGAAGAAGGGAAUUACUCGCUGGUGAUGGAGUACAUGGAGAAGGGCAACCUGAUGCACGUGCUGAAGGCCGAGAUCAGUGUCCCGCUUUCUGUAAAAGGAAGGAUAAUUUCGGAGACCAUCGAAGGAAUGUGCUACUUACAUGACAAAGGUGUGAUACACAAGGACCUGAAGCCUGAAAACAUCCUCGUUGACCGUGACUUUCACAUCAAGAUAGCUGAUCUUGGUGUGGCUUCCUUUAAGACAUGGAGUAUACUGACUAAAGAGAAACACAACAAGCAGAAGGAAGUGAACAGCAUCUCUAAGAAUGGAGGCACCCUCUACUACAUGGCGCCUGAACACCUGAGUGACAUCAAUGCAAAGCCCACAGAGAAGUCAGAUGUGUACAGUUUUGGCAUUGUACUUUGGGCAAUAUUUGCAAAUAAGGAGCCCUACGAGAACGCCAUCUGUGCUGAGCAGCUCUUGAUUUGCAUAAACUCUGGGAACAGGCCAAAUGUGGAGGACAUCAUUGAGCACUGCCCAAGAGAGAUCAUCAGCCUCAUGGAGCGGUGUUGGCAAGCAGCCCCAGAGGACCGGCCAACAUUCCCUGGCAUUGAAGAAGAAUUUAGGCCUUUUUACUUAAGUCAAUUUGAAGAAUAUGUAGAAGAAGAUGUGGCAAGUUUAAAGAAAAAGUAUCCAGAUCAAAGCACAGUUUUGAAGAGGAUGUAUUCUCUCCAGUAUGAUUGUGUACCCUUACCUCCAAGCAGGUCAAAUUCAGAACAGCCUGGUUCGCUGCAUAGCUCCCAGGGAUUCCAGAUGGGGCCUGUGGAGGAGUCCUGGUUUUCUUCCUCUCCAGAGCAACCGCAGGAAGAGAAUGAGCGCAGUGUGCAAGCUAAACUUCAAGAGGAAGCCAGUUACCAUGCUUUUGGAAGAUUCACAGAGAAACAGGCAAAACCGCAGCCCAAGCAGAAUGUGGCUUACAGCAGAGAGGAAGAAAGGAAACGAAGGGUCUCCCAUGACCCCUUUGCACAGCAGAGACCUCGUAAGAAUGUUCAGAGUGCAGAGGCCAAGGGUUUUUCUGAUCCCAGUACCGCCAGUCAUGGAAAUACAGCACACCCGCUGUCAGGGCCAGCCAGCCACUCACAGGUGCCAUUCUGGAACAAUGGAUUUUAUAGUCAGCAUGGGUUUGGAACUUCAGGUGCAGGAGUUUGGUAUGGGCCAAAUCCAAGCCAAAUGUUUAAUACUUAUAAAACUCCCGUACCUGAGACCAAUCUACCUGGAAGCACACCCACCAUUCCAUUCAUCUCCUUGCCACUAGCAGAUGAGUCCAUAAAAUGUACUAUAUAUAAUAGUUCUGGUGUUCAGAUUGGAAACUACAAUUAUAUGGAUCUUGGACUGAGUUCACAAGUACCAGACAACAUGUGCAAAGAAGAGUCAGCUCCCAAGUACCAAGCCAUCUUUGAUAACACCAGUAGUCUGACUGAUAAACACCUGAACCCUGUCAGGGAAAACCUGGGAAAGCAGUGGAAAAACUGUGCCCGAAAGCUGGGCUUCACUGAGUCUCAGAUUGAUGAAAUUGACCACGACUAUGAACGAGAUGGGUUGAAAGAAAAGGUUUACCAGAUGCUCCAGAAGUGGCUGAUGCGGGAAGGCACCAAGGGGGCCACAGUGGGAAAGUUGGCCCGGGCACUUGACCAGUGUUACAGGAUAGACCUGCUGAACCACUUGAUACAGGCCAGCCAGAGCAAAGCUUGAGCGGGCUCUGGCAGUGGGAACUAGACUGUACACUAGGUGCACAAGCCCUGUUUGCUCCCUGGCCUUCAGAACUCGAUCUCAGUUCAAGCCCCGCAUCUGCAGUGGCAUGCAUUUUGGAACUGGAGAAUGGAAAGAGAAGUCUGCAGCCCACAGUGGUUCUUCAGAAAGUACAAGCAUGCAGAUUGCCGAAUGACCCAGGACAAGGGCGGGUGGGGGACACUGAAAAGAACAGCCUAUUGGGUUUUGAAAAGGAGAGAAGAGGUGUUGGAUGAGAAAGAUGGGCUUUGUUCCGCUUGUACCAUAGUCUUCAAUUAUGCUAUUUACUCAAUUUCCUGUGGUUUCAUUUGGGUGAGGGAGAAAAGAAAACAUUCCAAGAAUGUAAAAUCUAUUGGCUUCCUCUGAGUGCAGUAAAGUGCUGCUCAGAGAGGUGCCUUAUAUGACAGCCACAGUUCUUCCUAAAAUUAUAGGAUGUUAACUUUAGCAUCCAAUGCUAUGCUGUCACCUUAAACUUUAAGAAUCAUGUGCAAUUCUAGUCUG